AUAGAUUGUGUUAAUUACAAUUUUCAUUUGCUUCUGGUAUUUAAAUAAUGUUUUAAAUAUUUUCAGUUGUAACUGUAAGAUUGUAGUACAUUUACUGUUUCAUAUAUUUGAUAGUAAAUAGUAUCUACAGAAAAUGGUUGUUUGUGCACCAGACCAUGGGUUGCAGGCAGAUGUGAUUUUUGUAAUUGAAGGAACAGCAGUGAAUGGGGCAUACAUAAAUGAUUUGAAAUCGAAUUAUAUAAUGCCCUCGAUAGAGUAUUUUAGUCAGGGAAAUCUGGAUGAAGUUAAUUAUAUGUCGGAUAAUGCUAGUUGUAUUUAUGGUAUUGUUGUGUAUCAUGCAGCAGACUGUCUUUCCAGUCCUAGCAGUGAGAGUAUUGGACCAUUUUCUAGUCCAGGGAAAUUAGUUAAAACUAUGGAUAGACUGGAAUUGAUUGCUGGUAAAGGAGAGUCACAUUCAAAUAUUGCUGAAGGUUUGGCAACAGCUUUACACUGCUUUGAAGAUUUGCAACAGAGGCAUGAUCCAAGUGCAAAUGUUCAGAAACAUUGCAUACUGAUAUGUAAUUCACCUCCAUAUAUGUUGCCAGUAUUAGAAUCUCAUACUUUUUCUGGGAAAACAACUGACCAACUGGCAUCAAUACUGCAGGAACGUCAAAUACAUUUAUCAGUGAUAUCUCCAAGAAAAAUUCCUGCAUUAUAUAAGUUAUUUGAGAAGGCUGGAGGGGAUUUGGGAACAUCUCAAACUAAAAAUUAUGCUAAAGAUCCAAGGCAUUUGGUACUGUUAAAGGGAUAUAGUUUGAAGGAGAGACCAAUAAGCCCACCUCCUGGAAGUGUUAACACGAAUCAAAAUCCUUUAGCUUCGCCGAGUCCUUUGGCUAAUCAUGACAGUCCAAUUUCGGGACCAUCAGGACAGUCGAAUCAACCAAUGAUUGGGCCCAAUUCAAAUCCUGUACAAAAUGUGGUUGGUGCAAAUGCUGCUUACAAUAGAAGUGCUAAUCCGGCAGGUUUGAAUCAAAUGCCGCAGCACAAUUCAGCUAUGGUCAAUCCAGGAAUGGUAAAUGUCGGUAUUCCAAAUGUCAGAGGUGUUAUGAUAGGGCAAAAUCAAUUUGCUGCUCAGACAUUACAAGCGCCACCAGGCUACCAUCCAGGUUCUGGCAUUGGCAAUAGAGGUCCUGCUAGGUGGAUGACAAUGGGCAGACAAUACGUUAAUCCGCAAACUCCGGCUCAACCAGGUACACCUCAAAGCAGUGCUCUGAUUGACCAAUUGACGCGUCCUCCUUCAUCUAUGCCAAGUUCUGUAAAUCAAUUUGGUCCAAUGCCGAACAAUCCACAAAUGGCUAAUCAAAUAAGAAUGGGUAUCCUGUCAUCGCAGCAAAAUCAACCGUCUUUAUCACAAGUGCAGCAAAAUGUACAAAGUUCUAUGGCCCAAAAUCCUGGUACUCCUGGAAUGCAACAAACCUCUAAUCCAAAUCAGGUACAGCAACCAAAUCAACCAGUUAAUACAUCACAAGCUUCACAGCCUGGACAGUCUAUGAAUCCACAAAGACAAACUAUUUGGAGUGGGUCAUUGGAAUGGUUGGAAAAGAAGACACCAACUGAAACACAGAAGAUUACUAGACAUGUACCAUGUUCCGUUUCUGUAAAUAUCAAAGAAGGGGAACCUGAAAUGAAAGCCGACGGAUGGCCAAGCAAAUUAAUAAUGCAAUUGAUGCCCAAACAGUUGAUUGGAAACAUCGGUGGGGCAUUUUUGAAAAAUUCAAAAUCGGUAUUGUUUCAUCCAACAAAUUGCGAAGCAUUAGAAACACUAACGAAAGUGAUGAAUUCAGGAUUUGCUGGUUGCGUUCAUUUCACUCCAAAUAGUGCAGAAUGCGAUAUAAAAGUAUUGAUCCUUCUAUAUACGUCAGAGAAGAGAGCAUAUUUAGGAUUUAUACCGAACGAUCAAGUUGCGUUUGUUGAUAGAUUAAGAAAGGUUAUUCAACAGCAGAAGUCUUCGCAAAAUUUAAGACAGGGAACAGGCGGAAAUAUCAAUCCUCAAACUGGUGCUCCAAUGGCAGGUCAACAAAACCCUGUAACUUCGCAAACCCCAUCACAAGGUCUCAUGAUGUCUCAAACUAAUGCUAUUGCUAUGGGCGGCGGCCAAUUAACCCAGAAUGUUGUGGCAUCCACGGGACAACCAGGUCAAGGGUUAGGUAACCAAGGACUUUUAGGACAAAAUGUGCCUGGAGUUGUAAUGGGCCAAAGGUUGCGAAUGCCCGUGGGUUUACAACAAACUGCAGGUCAAAUGCAAGGCAACCCACAGCAACAGCAGCAGCAGCAGCAACAACAGCAGCAACAGCAGCAGCAGCAACAACAACAAAGUCAAGGUGCUGGUGCUGCGGGUGCCGCUGGUAAUAUGAUGGGUAAUCAAAGACCUACUCAACCGUUUGCAAAUCAACUAGAAGCCGAAAGACAAGCAAAUUUGGAUAAAAUUAAUCAGCUGCGGCAAACCUUAGAAGCUGCACAACAACAAGAACAACAAUAUAAAACGGAACUAGAAAGAAUUUCGCAUAUGAAAACAGCUCAACUUCAAGAAGCAUUGCAAAUUGCACAGCAUCAAGAGAUGCAAUAUAAAAUCCUGGAUCAGCAGCGACUAGGAAGUCAAAGUAAUCUGCAGCCUCAAAAUGCACCGCAGAGAAUGUUACGACCUGUACUACCUAACAAUCCGGGACUAAGAACACUUUUGCAACAGCAGCAACCCCAAUAUAGGCAACAAAUGAUGAUGCAUACUUUGGGAGGUUCUGGACCCAGACCACAAAUGGGACAACAAAUGCAGAAUUCUGCUGGGAAUCAACAAGUAUUUGAUGAAGGUCCCAAUUUCACUGAUUUUAUGUAGAUAAUUAACGAAAAAUAUGCCAGGAGAAACUUAAAUUUACUCAUAGCUUCAAAAUGAA